AUGCCUGGGGCCCCUGGGGACGGCAACACAGCGUCAAGGCUCCGCCCUGCAGAGGCUGUGCAAGAGUCUCAGCAGUACAGGCUGAAGACUGCCUGGUGGGCUGGGAUCUCCGACGUUCCUCCACCUGCAGGUCUGGAGCCUCAGCUUGUUCGGGACCUGCUGCUGGUGACACCAGUGCCUUUCUGCCCCGGGACGGCCUCAGCCAGGACGAUCAUCACCAACCACUGGGCAGCCAUGGGCCCCUGGGCAGGUGCCCUGGCCAGCCCGGGCCUCGUCCUCCUGCUUUCACUCACAGUCCAUCACUCACACCCCCAGGCCGAGGUCUUCUUCCAGAGCGAGCUGGAUGAAGAUGGGGUCAGCCAGUGGGCCAGUGCCAACGCCUCCCUCCUGCACAGCUUCCGGUGCCAGCCGGCCGGCCAGCUGAGCCGGGACCAGCUAUCGGCUCUGGUCAGGAGGAUGGCGGCCCAGCAGGUGCUCCUCGAAGCCUGGCAGCUCAGCUGCCUGGCCAACCUCGUGGGACGGCGCGGCCUUCAGGACGACUUUGAGCGGCACCCGCAAGACCUGCUGCUCUUCUAUGAAUGAGUCCUGACCCAGGUGAGGGGCGACGAGUGCCACGCCUUCACGCGCCAUGCCGGCCAGGGGGACACGGAGCUGCUGGCCAACCUGCCUGACCAGAGGGUCGCCCUGCAGCGCAAGGCCUUGGACUGUCUGGUAGGGCCCCGCCAGCGGCUCAGCGCCUCAGACGUGCUGCUUCUCGGGAGCCUGGUGUGCGACAUGGACGUGGCCAGCAUUGUGGCUGCUGACCCCCACAUCCUGCAGAACCUGCAGUGCUGCCCCCGGCUGACCGCCGCCCAGCAGUAUGCCCUCAACACGCUGCUGGCCAGCGGAAGGACCGCACUCGGGUCCCCGGGCUCCUGGACUCUGGAGGGGCUGCAGGCCCGGGGACACCUGGCCACCCACAUCAGCCCCCGGCUGUGGACGCAGGUGCCCGAGGCUGUGGGCCUGGACUUCUUCCGCAGCGCAGCGUUUGCAUACCGGGAGGGGCGGCUUGGCCCUCGUGACACCAGGCGCUUGGUCACUGGCUUUCUCCAGGCCAGGCCAACAUGGCAUCCCCGAGGCCCCGCCUGCAUCCGCGGUGACAUCACGGCAGCCACCCUGCGGGACAGCCUCUUCCUGGUGCACUGCAACCGCCCACAGCUCGAGUCCUGCCUGGGCAGCCGCGGGCUCCGGGCCAACCUGGACCCCCUGCUGCAGCACCCGCUGCCUGUUGAGUGCCAGCGCGUGGUCAAGGCCAAGCUCGGCCAGAUCUACCCACGUGGCAUCCCCGAGGACCAGCGGCGGCACAUCACCUCGCUGGUCUACCUGUACUCGGACGUUGAAGUUGGCCAGGGGAACAUCAUGUCCCGAGACACAGUCCUGGCCCCCCUGGCAGCAGACGUGGCCCUGAACCACCAGACCGAGGCUGUCCUGCAGAAGUUCCUGGACCACAAUGGCACGCUUACCAGCCCACUGCUCAUGGCCAUUGGGGGCUCCCGCCUCUGCUGGAUGAGUCCCCGGCAGAUCCAGACCAUCCAGCCCUCCGAGUUCUGGCUGGCCGGGGCCCUAGAUAUCUCCGCCUGCCCACAGAGCCGGAAGGACGUGCUCUACGCCAAGGCCCGCGAGGCCUACGGUGGCACCAGGACUGCAGCCACCUACUACCGCUUCAUGCGCCCCUACCCGGUGAGCCACCUGCAUGCAGUACCCUCCCCCGAAGCCUCACCCUCGCCUCUGACUGCUUUCUCAACCCCAGGCGGUGCCCCCGUGGAGGAGCUGCAGCACCUGGCCCAAGCCAACGUCCGCAUGGACAUUGACACCUUCACCAACCUCAAUCCCCGGGUGCUGCAGAGCCUCAGUGUGGACCACGUGACAACAUUGCUGGGUCAGAACGUGGGGGACCUACGGAAGGCACGCAGCCACCCCACCGUUAGCUCCUGGCUCCGCAGCCUGAACCACUCGGCCCUGGGCGAGCUGGGCCUGGACACUGAUGUUGCCAGCACCGUCGGCCCAGCCUUCAUGUCCAGGGGGACCCCAAACACCCAGCCCCGGCAGCCCCGCCCAGCCCACCCCUCAGGCCUGCCCGGGAGCGGCGCUGAGGCCCCCACCUCAGGUAUGCCCCGCACGCCCCGCUGCCCUCUGGCAUCCCCCUGGCAGCCCUUAGACACUCCUGGGGUCCCUGCCACUCGCCCUGGUCCUGCCCUCCAGCCUUCUGUGGUUGCUGUACUGGGCGCCCCUGAGCCCACCUUGGCCUGCUCGUCGGGGGCCCACACUGCGGACAGUGCUGCCCCAGGGCGGCCAGGCCCACGGGCAGUGCACACAGGGACGACAGGGCUCACAGGCAAAUCUGGGCCAGGGGACCUGGGGGGCCUGCAUUCCCGGCCCCCACUCACCCCCGGCCUCCAGGACCUAGAGCUGGACUGA